CGAAGGCACACAACCAUGGCAUCACACAGUGGCGGUGAAUUGUUACAGAAGUGGCUGGAGAAGUUGAAGGAGGGUGGGAAAUUGGAGGGAAGUGUUGAUGACGCUGCAGAGAACAUGAAGAAAGAUUUAGUGGCAUCAUGGGACGAAUUAAGUAGGCGUCUGAUGGAGCAAGAGUCAAAGGAUAUAGGGAACUUUUGUGAAAGCGGUGUAUCGUGGACUGAACGCGGGAGCACCCCGGAGGGGCAGUUUGUUCAAAUAUUAUGCACGACUGUAGCGGAAAUAAAAUAUUUUAUGAGUGGAGUGGAGAGGCGGAGGACGGAGCAUAGCUCAAGAUACGAUAAACCAGCCGUUAUUACUGCCCUUACCGAUGAGGAAGCUUACAGACGAUGCAUUGUGGGACCAGUCGCUCUUUCCGAAAUAUAUGGAGACCAUUGUAAAUUAAGGGAGGUCAUAGAGAAGGUACAGUCAGGAGUAGAGAUUAAGUUAAUUGACCAUUUCAACAAGGACCCAAGGAACCUCCAGAACCAAUUGAAUAAGUGUGAAGGAGUAGACCUUAAUGCUUUACUCCUGGGUAAAGCAAUUCUUAGUGAUAAAAUCAAACAGUGGACACUGCAAAAUAGGGAAAAGGCAAUUAAGAAUAAUAGUGGUCCCUGGGGGAUCAAGAUGCCGUGGCGCUAUUGGCCGCAUGUCUGUACACACUCAAGGGAGGACCGGACGAAACUGCAGCAGCAGAGACUGCAGAAUGCAGAAAGUAUGGUAACUUUCACGAAUUUGAAUAACUCUAAAAGUAAUACAAAUGACGCCUCCUUAUCCGAUAUCUUAGUAAAAGACGAAUACAAAUUACCCGAGAGCACAUUGCAAAGAGUUGUUCGAUCAGCUGUAAGUAAUGGAGGUGGCGCACCAGGUGCCAGUCCUCUGAACAUGGAAAACCUAAAACAGGAGUUAGAUAAAGCAAUUCAAACGCAAACAGGUAAGAAUAGAAAAAGUUCAACAUUUCACCAUGCUCGAGGGAAGAAGGUUUCCUCAGGGGGCGCGGACGAACGAAGGAAGGUUUCCUUAAGGGAAGGGGAGGGUUGUUUAAGGGAAAGGGAGGUUUCCUUAAGGGAAGGGGAGGUUUCCUUAAGGGAAGGGGAGGUUUCCUUAAGGGAAGG